UAAAACAUUUGCUCGGAGUGGCCUUGACGUUCGUCCUGAAUGCUGGGUAGUAGGAGCUGUUUGUGAAGAGUUUAAGCUAUUAUUUUCCAUCGUCAAUUGAAGUGUUUUCUUUUUUUCCCCUGGCUUAAGACCAAGGAUGGAGACCAUUGUUCGUCGCUGCCCAUUUUUGGCGCGUGUAUCACAAGCAUUUCUGCAGAAAGCUGGGAAGUCGCUUGUAUUUUAUGCAACAAAUUGCCCUGUGAUGAUGGAACUUGCAAGUAGACCUCUUGCUCGUACACUUGGUACUUCGGCAGCCCAAUGCCAGCGAACAGUGGAGACUACGCCACCUGAAUCUUCUAAGGCACACCAUGAGGCCUCUUCUAAAGAAAAAAUAUUGCCACCUGAACAUCCAGUUACCUCUGGUUGUCCAGUGACAGCCUCUAAAUGCCCUUUCUUGGCAGCAGAAAUGAGCCAAGGAAGUAGUAAUGUGUUCCGAAAAGCAAGCUUAGAAUUGCAAGAGGAUGUCAAGGAAAUGCAAGCUGAGAGAAAAGAGACGGCUGAAACUACAGUUAACCCAACUGUGAUCAAUAUCUCGAAGGAUGAUGAGCAUAAACCCAGAGACCUUUUAAAAGAUCUGUUAAAACAGCGCCCUACGAGAGUUUCUCAUCUCUUGCAGGAUAAUAUGCCUAAAUCCAUAACCAGUUUCCAAUAUGAUAAAUUCUUUGAAAAAAGGAUUGAUGAGAAAAAGAGUGAUAGCACAUAUCGGGUAUUUAAAACUGUUAAUCGAAGAGCUGAUAUAUUUCCAAUGGCUGAUGAUUAUUCUGAAUCACUGGUUUCCAAGAAGGCGGUUUCUGUAUGGUGUAGUAAUGAUUAUUUGGGAAUGAGUCGUCAUCCUCGUGUAGUUCGGUCAAUCAUGGAUACUCUACGGCUACAUGGUGCAGGAGCAGGUGGCACUCGGAACAUCUCUGGCACCAGCAAAUUUCAUGUAGAUUUGGAAUAUGAGCUUGCACACCUUCAUGGCAAGGAUUCUGCUCUGUUGUUCUCCUCCUGUUUUGUGGCAAAUGACUCCACUCUUUUUACUCUUGCGAAAAUGCUGCCAGGUUGUGAAAUUUAUUCUGAUUCUGGAAAUCAUGCCUCAAUGAUUCAAGGUAUUCGGAAUAGUGGAGUACCGAAGUUUGUUUUUCGACAUAAUGAUGUUAAUCAUCUUAGGGAGCUUUUGAAAAAGUCUGAUCCUUCAACUCCAAAAAUUGUUGCCUUUGAGACUGUACACUCUAUGGAUGGAGCAGUUUGUCCUUUGGAGGAAAUGUGUGAUGUUGCCCAUGAAUUUGGAGCUGUCACGUUUGUUGAUGAGGUGCAUGCUGUAGGACUUUAUGGUACACGUGGUGGGGGAAUAGGAGACCGUGAUGGUGUUAUGCACAAAAUGGAUAUCAUAUCUGGAACUCUAGGAAAGGCAUUUGGCUGUGUUGGAGGAUAUAUAGCCAGCACAACUGCUCUUGUGGACACUGUGCGAUCCUAUGCUGCUGGUUUUAUAUUCACUACUUCUUUGCCACCUAUGCUGUUGGCUGGUGCCAGAGAGUCUGUUCAGAUACUAAAAAGUGAAGAAGGGCGUUCCCUGAGGCGCAAACAUCAACGCAAUGUGAAACUUCUAAGGCAGAUGCUUAUGGAUGCUGGUCUCCCAGUAGUACAUUGUCCAAGUCACAUCAUUCCAAUUAGAGUUGCUGAUGCAGCUAAGAACACAAAGAUUUGUGAUUUGCUUAUGAGCAAAUACAAUAUAUAUGUACAGGCCAUCAACUACCCAACAGUUCCUCGUGGAGAAGAACUUCUACGCAUUGCCCCAACACCUCACCAUACCCCACAAAUGAUGGAGUUUUUUACUGAGAAACUACUGACAACCUGGAGAGAGGCUGAUUUAGACCUGAAGCCCCACUCAUCUGCUGAAUGCAAUUUUUGUAGAAGGCCUCUUCACUUUGAUGUGAUGAGUGAAAGGGAGAAGUCCUACUUCAGUGGGUUGAGCAAACUUGUGUCUGUAAAAGCUUGAACACUUAAUGUUACCACUUGUCUUUUGACAUGCUCUCUGUAUGCAAGUUACUACAACUAUGAUUAAAUGAAAACUAUUAAAUGCACCCUAGUAUCAAAGCAA